UGUAAAAUCUCGUGGUGGCAGCGCUAAAGCGUUGCCAGAAAUAUUCAGUCGAAAAAAAUAGAAAUAAAAAUAAUGUUAAGAACUAUUUAAAUAAAAAUGUUAAAGAAAUGUUAAAUCAAUUUGAGCAAAGUAGUAAUAUUUACUAACAUACCAAAUGUUAGUUUUGUUUGGUUCUGUAAAAGAAUAACUUGCCACCGGUAAUAAAUUGGAGCGGCCACUUUUGCUUUGGCGUUUUGUGCUGAUGCACUGCGACAAAAUCCAUCGCUAAAGAGUAAGCCGGAAGCAACAAUUCAUCGAAACCGGAAGAUUCGCGAUCAGUGGCAGAAAAGUUAUACGGCGGGCGACUCUGGCCUAACCAAUGUGGCACUUCCAAUGAGAAAUCAAUUGCAAGUCCUUGGAUGCUCUCAGUAUUGGUUUUUGGCGAGAUUGGCCCCGCGGCAACUGUUGUCUACCCAGUCUAGUCCAUUCUAGGUUGCCCCUUUACCGCUCCGAAAAGCAGACAGUUCUCCCAAUGGAGAAUCCCCCUCUACCGGACGCUGGCCCGGACCGGAAACGCCCACGGUUGGAGGAUGAGGAGCAGGAGUUAAAGGUUGCAGGAUUUUCGUUGAGUGCCAUCGAAGAGAUGCGCCAGACUCGCGACAAUGAGCGGCAGAGUGAGCCCAUGGACCAGCAGCUCCGACAGUUUCAGGUCCUCGAUGAAGUGGGCUCCAACAGCGAUGAGGAUGAGUCAGACGACGCCAGCGAAAAGCAGACCGGCAGCAGGUAUGGAGAAGGCGAAGGAGAAGGUGGCGACGAGGAGGAGGAGGCGGGUGAUGGCGAGGGGGAAGAAUACGACUCCUCGGAUUUCGAUGAUGAGGAGAUCGAAAAUCUGCUCGACGAGAAGUUGCCCGAUGAGCUCAGAGAGUCCAAGCGGCCGAAAUACGAACAGCGCUUCAAAACUGUGUUAGAUGAAAAGCGCCACAACCACUUCGAAGUACUGCCCGAGGGAUGGGUUCAAGUGACCCAUAACAGCGGCAUGCCGCUAUUCCUGCACCGUAAGACUAGGGUUUGUUGUGCUUCCAGACCAUACUUUUUGGGUACUGGCAGCGCCCGUAAACACGCCGUGCCACUGGGUGCCAUUCCUUGCCUUAACUACAGAAGGGCCUUGGACGAGGAAUCCGAGGCGGAGCAGCAAAAACAGGCUGCGGCCGCGGCCACCGGUGUGUGUCCUUUUAGCGGAGCAACAUCCGAUACUGCCCAGCCCCCAGAGGGUGAACCCAUGCAGGUGGAGGGCAAAGAGAACACUGAAGCUAACCCUGAUCCCCAAGCCCAGCCAGAUGCAUUGACUGCUCUAAUGCCGGGUGCCAAAAUUGUCACAGUUAACGAAAAUACACAAAAGGAAUCUGUAACGCCGGAGCAGUUGAACUCCUACUGCCAGAGUCUAUUCAAAUUCAAGGUUAUACGCGUGCUUCGUUUUCGUAGUUGGAAUGCUCGUCGAAAGUUCACCAAGAAUCGCAAGCAUAUUAAGAACAUCCAGCGGCCAACAUUGCCCGAUGGCACUAAACUUAUUAAAUUUCCUAUCCUGGCGGCGGCAGGCGAGGGAUCCACGAAUCCUCGCGGUCGAAGGGAGUGGAUCAUGAAUCCGAAUGGUAAGAGCUAUGUUUGCAUUCUGCACGAGUAUGUGCAGCAUGCUCUAAAGACGCAGCCCACCUACGAGUUCAAGGAGCUGCAAAAUGCUGCCACUCCCUACUCUGCCACUGUGUCGGUGAAAAAUCUAAAGUAUGGUACUGGAUUUGGGACCAGCAAGAAGCAGGCCAAGUCCGAGGCUGCACGCAUAACUCUAGAAAUACUCAUUCCCGAUGUUAAGGACAAGAUAACUGGAAACAGCAAGGAUCAAAAGAGCGGAACUGCCAAGAAAGCCCAGAGCGAUUUGUCUGUUUUUGAUGACAUUCGGAUCGAGGAUCCGCGUGUUACUGAGUUCUGCAACAAGACGACCGAGCCUUCACCCAAUGCCAUCCUUGUGACAUGUUUGCAGCGCAACUACGGAAGUGAUGUUCAGAUCAGCCAGGAGAUCAACCGCACGGCGAACAACAAGAACGAGUUCACAAUGACUGUGGGUAAGCACACAGCCAAAGUGGUGUGUCGCAAUAAACGGGAAGGGAAACAGCUGGCCUCCCAGGCCAUCCUACAGAUCUUGCAUCCGCACAUCCAAACUUGGGGCUCGUUGCUGCGCCUUUAUGGCAACAACUCGAUCAAAACAUUCAAGGAAAAGAAGCUGGAGGAACAGGAGAUCACUGUUCUGCAAAGUAAGGCGGCGGUGAAUCAGCCCAACUACGCCAUUCUGGAUAAACUAAAGUCGGAGAUGCUAAAGCUGAGUGCUAAGCAGGAAAGCGUGUUCACCAUGGGCACCUUUGUUCCGCCCAGCGACGUUGACUUGCCAACUUCCUCGGGUUCCAAUCUGAACAACGUCGAGCUUUAGGCCGUGCAACUUAAUUCUCUCUAAAAUAUUUUGUAUCUAAACUAGAAUAUGACAAGAUCACAAUCUCUUACUUUCGAAAGAUCAAAGUGCUAAUGACAAUUGCGACGUUAUCUCUUGAGGCAAAUGAACUGAUUUAAUUUUGGCUUCUUUUAUCAACAUAAAAAAACAAUAGAGCAUUAGCCAAUCUCUUAUUGGUAACCUGUCGGAUCAUUUUUCUUCCAAAAUCAUGUUUAAUUUUAAAGUAUAUCCAUUGAUAAUGCCAAA